AUGGCCGUAAUAAAGGAACAGGACAGUUGUAAACAAACAGUCAUUGUGGUGAAAGGGAUUUCAACGGGAAAAAUAGAUAAUAACGAUAUGGAGUUGUCUGCUUGUGCAGGACAAAGUCUUAGGAGAAAAUCUUCAUCAUUAUGGCAGAGAGCAAAAAAUAGAAUUAAAAUAACUCCGAAAGAUGCAACACCUGUGGAUUGGAAAAUCAUAGGCCUAGUCUUCAUAUCAAUGUUCACUGGUACACUCAGUCUUACAUUUCUGUUUCCUUUUCUGCCAGAAAUGAUUUUGUUCUUUGGUUACCAAGAGACAGAAAAGGGCUACUAUGCUGGAAUGGUGGCUUCCGUGGUGUUUGCUGGCAGAGCAACAGGGAGCUUUUUCUGGGGUUGGUUAUCCGACAGAAUUGGCCGGAAGCCAGUUAUACUCAUGACCAUAUUUGGAAAUGGCUUUUUCUGCUUGCUGUUUGGAUUUACAACUAAUUUACCUAUGGCACUUAUCAUCAGGUUUUUUGCUGGUUUGGCCAAUGGUACCGCAAGCAUUGCCAAGGCAAUUUUAUACGAGAUUUCUGAUGACUCUAAUCAAGCCACCGGACUGUCCAUCGUGGCCAUGUCAUGGGGAGCAGGGAUCAUACUUGGACCGGCUGUUGGGGGAAUUUUAUCCAACCCAGCCUUUAGAUACCCCUCCAUGUUCCAAAAGGAUGGCAUGUUUGACCAGUUUCCAUACCUUCUGCCUAGUCUAAUCGUUGCAUGUGCCUGUUUUGUGGUUAUCGUUGUUGACUUCUUAGUUCUACCCGAGACAAAGAGCACAAAACAAAGAGAAUUAGAUGUUGAAGUUGAGGAACAAAAUAAAGAAUUACAGAAGUUGGUGCACAAGACACAACAGAAGCAGACACACGAGAAUGAUAGAAAGAUAUCAUUAUCUAUGGAGGACCUCCACUGCUACACUGAUAGAACAAUAUACGAGAUCAGACUCUACCAGUCCUGCCAAGAUCUACACAGGUCACAUGACUUCAUCAUGAACAAGACGGUGAAAACGCUAACAGAAGAAAACGAUACUGUAGAAGCAUUACGGAUUGAUAAGAAGACAUCUAAGUGCAUCUUCAAUAAAGUCAAGAGAACAAGUCUAUUUGAAAUAUUAAGUAUGCCUGAUUGUAGAAAAGCAGUUUUUCUUUACACAGCCUUUUCCUUCUCGUCCAUUGGCUAUGAGGAAAUUUUUACGAUAUGGGCAUCAACCAAAAAAAAUUAUGAUGGUCUUGGGUUUGAGACAGAUGAGAUUGGUAUGGUUCUUGGCUUAGCAUCAUUUCCCAUGCUGGCUCUAAAUAUGUUCAUCUACCCAUUCCUUGACAGAAUUUUUGGAACCAAAAAGGGUAAGAUGGCCUCAAACCCGAAAACACCGGACAGGACGGAGAUACGUCUGCACUCUUCAGUGUCGGAUAAAGGAAAGGCACUAAAAAUAGGUGAUCUGUAA